GUGGCUGGGAUCUGCAUCCGGGUCGCGGCUUGCGGCUGUGCCCAUUGUCUGGGUUACCGGCCCGGACUCCGCCAGCGCCGGACCCCUGCGCUGAGGAGCGGGAAGGCGACCGGCGCGCCUGCCGCCGCCCCGCCCCCCCGAGCCCGCCCUUCGUCUCCUUGUGCCGCCGCCGGCUUUAUGGAUCGCAGUUCGAAGAGGAGACAAGUGAAGCCUUUGGCAGCUUCACUGCUGGAAGCUUUAGAUUAUGAUAGCUCAGAUGACAGUGAUUUUAAGGUUGGAGAUGCCUCAGAUUCUGAAGGAAGUGGUCGUGGGAGUGAAGAUGCAUCAAAGGACAGUGGUGAAGGUUCCUGUAGUGAAUCAGAAGAGAAUGUCUUGGAGGAAGAAUUGGCAGAAGAAGUGAAAGUAGAGGAAGAACAGCAACCCAAAACUUCUGCUGGAGAAACGAUGCUUACAACAGAGAAGGAGGUGAUUAAGACUGAAAAAAAAGAACAGGAGGAAGAAGAUGAGAAGCCAAAAAAGAAAAAAGAGAAAGAAAAAGCAACUGAAUCUGAUGCUGCUGCUGAUGAGCAAACAAAUGAACCGAAAAAGUGGAAUUUGCGUAGGAACCGACCUCUGCUGGAUUUUGUAUCGAUGGAAGAGCUAAAUGAUAUGGAUGAUUAUGACAGUGAGGAUGACAACGACUGGCGACCUACUGCUGGGAAGAAGAAAGGAAAAACUGCACUGCGGAAAGAGGGAAGUGAUGGAGAUAAUGAGGAGGAUGAAGAUGAUGGAAGUGGUAGCGAUGAGGAUGACAAUGAUGAGGAAAACAAUGAGGAUAACAGCAGCACUGUUAGUGAUGGUGGAUCCAAGAAAAAGAAACAUAAAGUUCUUAGCAGGAAUAGUGCUGAUGAUGAGGAGCUGACAAAUGAUAGCCUGGCUCUAUCACAAAGCAAGAGUAAUGAGGACUCGCUGAUCCUUGAAAAGUCUCAAAACUGGACCUCCCAGAAAAUGGACCAUAUUCUGAUUUGCUGUGUUUGUCUUGGGGAUAACAGUGAAGAUGCCGAUGAAAUAAUCCAGUGUGACAAUUGUGGAAUAACAGUGCAUGAAGGUUGCUAUGGUGUUGACGGAGAGAGUGAUUCUAUUAUGAGCUCAGCUUCAGAAAACUCCACUGAACCUUGGUUUUGUGAUGCAUGCAAAUGUGGGGUAUCUCCUAGCUGUGAACUAUGUCCCAAUCAAGAUGGAAUCUUCAAAGAGACAGAUGCUGGCAGGUGGGUCCACAUAGUUUGUGCCCUCUAUGUUCCAGGAGUGGCAUUUGGAGAUAUUGACAAGCUGCGGCCAGUAACACUUACUGAAAUGAACUAUUCUAAGUAUGGUGCCAAGGAAUGCAGUUUUUGUGAAGAUCCUCGUUUUGCCAGAACUGGUGUUUGCAUUAGUUGUGAUGCUGGCAUGUGUAGAGCUUAUUUCCAUGUGACCUGUGCUCAGAAAGAAGGCCUGCUGUCAGAAGCAGCAGCUGAAGAGGACAUAGCAGAUCCUUUUUUUGCUUAUUGUAAACAGCAUGCGGACAGGUUAGACAGAAAAUGGAAACGGAAGAACUACUUGGCUUUACAGUCUUAUUGUAAAAUGUCCUUGCAGGAAAGAGAGAAACAGCUCUCUCCAGAAGCGCAGGCCCGAAUCAAUGCCAGAUUGCAGCAGUAUCGUGCCAAGGCAGAAUUAGCUCGUACCACCAGGCCUCAGGCAUGGGUUCCCAGGGAGAAGCUGCCACGACCACUCACUAGCAGUGCUUCAGCCAUACGUAAGCUGAUGCGCAAAGCUGAAUUAAUGGGAAUUAGUACAGACAUCUUUCCCGUGGACACUUCAGAUACCAGUUCCAGUGUGGAUGGAAGGAGAAAACAUAAGCAACCGGCUCUGACUGCUGAUUUUGUGAAUUAUUAUCUUGAGAGAAAUAUGCGCAUGAUUCAGAUCCAAGAAAAUAUGGCUGAACAGAAGAAUAUUAAGGAUAAACUAGAAAAUGAACAAGAAAAACUUCAUGUGGAAUAUAACAAGCUGUGUGAGUCCUUGGAAGAGCUACAAAAUAUGAAUGGAAAGCUACGAAAUGAAGGGCAAGGAAUAUGGACUCUACUGGGUAGAAUCAUUGGGCAGAAAUUGAACAUUCCAGUAAUUUUGCGAGCACCCAAGGAGAGGAAACCAAGUAAAAAGGAAGGAGGAACACAAAAGACGUCUAUGCUUCCAGCAGUACUUUAUAGUUGUGGAAUUUGUAAGAAGAACCAUGAUCAACACCUCCUCUUACUGUGUGAUACCUGUAAACUACAUUAUCAUCUUGGGUGUCUGGACCCUCCUCUUACAAGAAUGCCAAGGAAGACUAAAAACAGUUAUUGGCAGUGCUCCGAGUGUGACCAAGCAGGCAGCAGUGACAUGGAAGCAGAUAUUGCCAUGGAAACCUUACCAGAUGGGACCAAGAGAUCAAGGAGGCAAAUUAAGGAACCAGUGAAAUUUGUUCCACAGGAUGUGCCACCAGAACCCAAGAAGAUUCCAAUUAGAAACACGAGAACUAGAGGACGAAAACGAAGCUUUGUGCCUGAAGAAGAAAAGCCUGAGGAACGUAUUCCUAGAGAAAGACGGCAAAGGCAGUCUGUUCUACAAAAGAAGCCCAAGUCAGAGGAUUUAAGAACUGAAUGUGCUACGUGCAAGGGGACUGGAGACAAUGAAAAUCUAGUCAGAUACCCUUCAUGAGACACAACUCUACCACAUCUCAUCCUCGAAGGCAAUCCUGGAAACCUCUUUUAUAAAUGUGAUUUUAAAAUGUGGAUAAAACUCUCAAUAGAGUACAUAAAGUAAAGGAGAACAGCUAUCUUGUCUUUUUCAUAAGCUUAUCGUGACAAAAAGUUGAGUUUGCUUGUCAGGUUUGGCUAGAAUGUAAGUGAUUGGUUUGUUACUUGGACUGACAAGGCAGUUAAUUUGCCUGCAUUUUUUGCACUAAUCAGGAACGUUUGAUAUAUCCAUUGUUGGAAAAUACCAGAUAAAUGUUGUGUCAGAAUUGUCCUGUUAAAGUAAUGUCUUGUUCCCCUGUGCUUCCUUGACAAAUGAUGAUAUACAGUGCUUGGAUUCAUUGAAGAGUGACAGAAACCUGUGGGACUUAAAUACUGUAUGUUUCUCUGUGGUGGUAUUGAUUUAUUUUAAAAAAUCAACGCUUUGCCAUCAGGCUGCUGCUCUACUAAUAUGCAGUUUAAUAAGAAUAUUCCUAUAUAAAUACUGUGUUGUGGAAUAUGAUAGAAGUUUAUGUAAAAGGAUUAUUUCAAUACAAUGGCAAUAACAGACCUGUAAAACACUUGACACUUUCUCAUUUUGAAAUAAUAGCCUUGCUGCAGAAGAAUUGAUUUUGUGCUUAUUAGCAUGAACUAAUUGUUUCCGCUUUCAAAUGUUCGAGUGAAUAGAAAUAUAUCUAUAUCCAUUCUUUCUGGAUCACUGCUGAGACAAACAGGAAAAUUUGAAUAUUGUCUUAUUUGGAUUAAUUUUACUGUGGUGUUCAGGUCAAGGUAUGUUUUGGUUUUUCUUUUUGUUUUUUCUAAUUUAAAUAUGAAACUGCUAUAUAAGUUGGGGAUGAAUGAAGAACUGAUCACACAGCAUACCAUCUGAAAGAUCUUCAUCUACGUCCAUGUACCUCCAGAUAGAUACAGACAUAAUAUUUUGGUCUACAAACUAUACUGAUCAAGUUCUUAAAUCUACAGCAGCAGUAUAUAGACAUUUCCAUCGUUUCAUCUUGAACUUGGGAAAAAACUCUGUUCAAGUGUAACUUUGCAACAUAUCAUCUUGGAACUUCUUGAUCUAUGGUGGGGGGUUUUGUCAUCCAUCAAGGUAUAUUUUUAGUUGAAAAUAAAUUUUAAACAUAAAAGAAAAAAGAUACAUGCUGUAUUAAGUGAUAGGAGAAAAAUACAAAUUGGUGUAUACUAAUUUAAAAGUCGUAUCUUAUUAGGGCGUCUCAUGUUUGGAUAUUAUGUUCAAUAAAAUUAACUUGAUGUGUCUAA